AUGGCGUCGCCUUGUACCUCAACUACAACAGUGCAAGAUCCGUUAAGUACGAAAGCGUUGGCUUCGAAAAAAUACGAAAUUUUUUAUUUUCCAGUUUGUCCUUACACUUGCAACACUUUUGACCUGGGAAGCCCUGACUUUCAAACAACAGUAACCACAGACUUUGACACUCAAUGCCCUGUGUGGUCUGUGUACUGUUAUAACAACUACUUUGUGAGUUCUCCAAUUCUUUCACUGUUGAUUUCACUGUAAACUUUUAGAUCAACGGAGAGGAGAUUAACCGAUUAGCCACAUUAAUGUGUGGACCUGACGGAUUUACUUAUAAUGGCGCUGCAAUAGAUACGAUUACUUGCAAUCAAUAGUUACUAUUUGUAUAUUAUAACUGCUCCUUGUACAUAAUAAUCAUAUUUAAAUUGUUGCAAUUUCUUUAUAAUUUGGUCAAAUGCCUUGAAUACCAAUGUAGAGAUUGCUAAUUAUUAUUAGUUUAAAUUUUAGAGCGGCAUGACCCUAUAUCAGGUCGUAGCGGCGAUUGUGUUGUUUAAUUUUCAUAUUGGUCCAACCGAGACUUGUACCAGCACAUCCGUUAACCACAUUCCACCAACUCCACCCACCCCAAUGGGUAAGUCUGAAGGGUUUUCCGGCUGGCGGAACAGAAUUAAUAAAUAUAACAGCUGAUCAGUUAGAAAUUUGACACAGAUUCAAUCUAAUCUUCCCAUUUUUAAGGUUGCAAGUCGUGUCCAGACGAACCUUUUUUAAGGACCACAACGAUAACGGACAAUGCUGACGGAUGUAAUCAACUCACAAUAUAUUGCGGAAUGGCCGAUCAAGAAAUCUCGGUAAACUUUUGGCUUUUUUUCUCUCUUCCUUCGCAUAAACUAAAAUUGUUCUAUUCAGUUCAACAACGGAGCAAUCGACGCCACGGAGACUGGCCAAAUCACUCUUCAAUGCGGUGAUGGGGGAUGGGUGUAUGAUGGUCAAGUUGUAACGGAAGCGACAUGCACACCUCCAUAA